AUGGGCCAUAUCACUGGUAUUAUCAAGGCACGGGUGAAUGAGAAGGCUGAAGAUUAUAUGAAGUGGGAAGUUGCUGAUGGACUUGUACUAUCAAUUUCGUGCAAGGUCAUGACUGAUGAGGUGAUCCAAUUGAUCAUUGGCUUGCUUCGUAUGUCGUUGUAUGAGGAGAGGGGUUUCGAACGUCAGGCUAGAGUCUUCGCCAUUGGACAGGGAGGCACCGGGGUGGAAGGUACUAUAUCUGUUUAUAGCUAUCUUGCUAGAGUACUGUUUGAUACUGGAGCUUCCCAAUCUUUCAUAUCUAGUUCUGUGGUAGAUGUGUUGGGUUUGAUUGCCAUGCCUCUUACUAGAUCUUUAUGUGUUACAUCACCUCUCGGUGUAUCCCUUGAACUUGAUAUGUUUUGUGAUGAUUGCCCUAUUGGGAUAUGUAGUAGAGAAUUCUCUGCAUCUUUGAUUGUGAUUCCGGAUCACACGUAUGAUGUGAUUUUGGGUAUGGAUUGGUUGAGCCAGAACCAUGCAGUGAUUGAUUGCUUUAGGAUGAUUGUGUCCUUCCGUGUUCCUGGAUAA